AUGUCUCAUCUACCGAAGAAACGUCAGGUGCUCCGGUCCCAAGUGACCCGAAUCAUCACCGAAGCCAACAGUCUACUGAGCGGGACUGGAGAGGCCACAUUGGACGCUCUCGAUGUGUUGAUCGAACGGCUUCAAGCGUGUCACCAGCAACUUAACGACGUAGACGCUGAAAUCGAACACAGCGAGAUCGAACAGAGCGAAGAGGAUUUUACGCGCACAUAUGAAUACAACGACCGUGUGAUUACCUGCAUCGCCAGACUGAAAUGCAAGAAGAAUGGAUCUGUACAAACUGGAAUACAGACCACUUCUACGACGAGAUCGACGGCAGUCAAGGUGAAACUCCCUAAAUUGGAGUUAUUGAAGUUCGACGGCAAGCAGCGAAAUUGGCAGGCCUUUUGGGAACAAUUUCAACGGCUGAUCCAUCAGAACGAAGAUCUGACCCAGAGUGACAAGUUCAGUUACCUAAAGUCGGUAUUAGUCGGCGAGGCAGCAGCUGCUAUAGCAGGUCUGCACUUGUCAGCAGAAUGCUACAAGGACGCAAUAGAGUUGUUGCAGCAACGUUAUGGGACGGAAACUGCCAUCAUUCAGGAUCACAUGGAAGCACUUUUGAAUAUUCGUCCCGUACGAUUGUCCGAAGACGUACGCGAGCUUCGUAAGCUCUAUGACAGACUCCAAGCCCACAUUCGCGGACUGAAUGUCCUAGGUGUGAGUGAAGACUCUUACUGUUCACUGCUGUACCCUGUACUGCUACGCUCGUUACCGAGAGACAUUGUGCUGCAAUAUCACAGAAAAUCGGCAAUGGCAUCCAUCCCGGUGGGAGUUCCAUCUGAUAUUCAAGCUGGAGACAGCGCCGGAACGGCAAGAAUUUCUGACCCUGCUGUGAGGCAAUACCGGAAGAAGGUGUCAGACCUACUUCAACUGGUUAGAAUUGAAGUAGAAAGCCGGGAGCAGGCAACAUCUACCCAAAAAACCGACGACAAGGGACAGUACAAGACUUCUCACGACCGCAAACGCCAGCCAACAGCUUCAGUAGCCGCACUGCAGCACUUGGCUGGGAAGACACGCUGCACAUUCUGUUCGUCACAACAGCAUGAGACGGAGAAUUGUGAUUCUGACAUUCCGUUAACGAAGAAAAAGGAGAUUCUCAGAGCUGAGCGGAGGUGCUACCGAUGCACUAAACUUAAUCAUCAAUCCAGGGAGUGCAAGAGCAGGUUGCGUUGCAGGAAAUGCACAGGCCGACAUGCAGCUUCAAUGUGCGAUCCAAGCUACGCGUCGAAAAAAGGAUCGAAAGAAAUUGACGGGGAUCAGGACUCUGUCGCAACGCCAACGACGUCCGUUAGCCUACAUUCAGCUGCUGACAAUUCAAGGAGGGCUACAGUUCUCCUUCAGACUGCGACGGCUAUGCUGGCUGGAGAAAUAUCCACGACACUUGCCAGAAUCAUGUUUGAUGGCGGGAGCCAGCGGUCCUUCAUAUCAAGGAGGAUGGCGAAGAAACUGGGGUGCAAGUAUUUGGAGACCGAGGAGCUUACGGUUGAAGUGUUUGGAGGCCACCUCACAGAACGGAGCUUCAGGAGAGUACGAUUGUCAAUGAGCAGUCGUAAUGGAGAAAAGAGCUUCGAGAUUGAAGCAUUGGAAACCGACAGCAUUUGCGAGCAGAUUCUUCCGAUGAUUGACAAAGAUAUACAAAGCAAGCUGAACGACAACAAUCUGGAGCCAGCUGAUGUUAUUCAGACCGAUUCCAAAGAGAUUGCAGUGCUCAUAGGAUCCGACUAUUAUUGGGAAGUCGUCAGCGGGAAGGUGGAAGACCUCGGCAAGGGACUGAGGGCCAUCGAAACGUCCUUCGGCUGGUGUGUUCAGGGUCCCAUCCCGACAGGCGGAAAUGUUGUACACUGUAACAAGACGGUAGUGCUGCGGACGGUGACGCAAGAGCGGCCACUGGAAGAGCUCGUGACAAAGUUGUGGGAUUUGGACAGCCUGGGAAUACGUGAGACAGAAAACGAUGAUACGAGGGAUAACGACGUUGUAACGUCGUUCAUGGAGACUGUGGUGAAGGUCGAAGAUGGCUAUCAAGUAUGCCUACCGUGGAAAACGGAAGUGGAUCUGGAGAGCAACGAGGCCGUCGCCCGAAAGCGACUUCAUCAACUCCUGAGGAAGCUUACACGUGACCCACAGCUCAUGAGCGAGUAUGACAACGUCAUACGGCAGCAGCUACGCAGCGGUAUUGCGGAGGUGGCAAGCCCACAUCAAUCAUCGCAGGGCAGGACGUACUACAUGCCCCAUCAGGCGGUAAUCAGAGAAGGCGCCAGCACGACAAAGCUGCGGGUCGUAUUUGAUGCCUCGUCACACGAUGCCAAGGCGAAGUCACUGAACGACAAUUUGGAAAGUGGCCCCAACUUGAACUGUGACCUAGUGGCAUUACUGCUGAACUUCAGGAAAUAUCGGGUGGCUAUGGUCGCUGACAUCGAGAAGGCCUUCUUACAGAUUGGCGUCACCGACGCUGACAGAGAUGCACUACGUUUUCUGUGGCUGAAGGAAGCUCCGACACACGAUCAACCUUUGCCAGACAUCGAAACGUACAGAAUGACCAGGGUCCCUUUUGGAACCACGUCGAGCCCCUUUCUACUGGCAGCUACAUUACAACACCACCUGCGGAGCCUGAAAGACGAAUACCCCGUCACGUGUACGUUGCUCAGCGAGUCACUGUACGUUGACGACCUUCUGGUUGGAGCAGCAGAUGAAGGAAGUGCCGAGAAACUUUACCGUGAGGCGAAGAGCAUAUUCCAAACUGCUUCUAUGAAGUUGCACAAAUGGGCGUCCAAUAGUCCGACCAUGAGGAACUUGUUUGAGGAGGAAGCAACAGCAGCGAUGCCACAGGGUCAAGUGGCGGGUGUACUGAAAGUUCUUGGAUUAUCUUGGAAUCCCGCGACGGACAACCUGACAUUCGCAGUGGACAGUGUCAGGCAGAUCUCCGAGCAACGUAAUGAUACGAAACGUUUCGUACUACAGACAGCAGCAAGGCUGUAUGAUCCAAUGGGAUUGAUUUCGCCAUUUCUCGUAACCGCUAAAUUCUGUUUUCAACGCACUUGGCGACUUAAACUUGGAUGGGAUGAAAUUCUACCAGAUGACAUCAGACACCAAUGGGCUGACUGGUGCGACGACCUAAGACAUUUAUCGCGGAUACAAGUACCGCGAUUUUACGAGUAUGGCUUAAGUGACGUCGCCGACAGCAGAGUGCUGCACGUCUUUGCGGAUGCAAGCACCGCAGCCUACGGCGCGGUAGUGUACCUGUGCGUAAGGGACUUAACAGGAAGGAUAACGACAGUUCAACGGAUGACCUUUCAGCACGAACUGAGCUGUAUCGAAAAGGGCUCCAAACUUCCGAGCAACUCGCCAUUAAGGGACCUAACACCAUUCAUCGACAACGACGGGAUUAUCAGGGCUGGCGGACGUCUACAGUUCAGCCGUGGAACGUACGACGAGCGACAUCCCAGGAUCUUGCCUGGAGAUCAUCAUUACACGAAGCUACUGGUUCGUCAGACUCAUCAUCAACUUCUUCAUGCGGGCAUCAGAGAUACACUCGUGCAACUACGAGAGAACUUUUGGACAAGUCGACAAAGGGGUCUUGCCCACUUUUGGAAAAGAUGGCACAAGGAAUACUUGGCCGAACUGCAGUCAUCUCGUUCGUCGAGAGUUUUCAAGUCAUCAGCGCUCAAACCUGGCGACAUAGUCAUCUUGCACGAUGAGAAACAACCACGGCCGCUCUGGAAGUGGUGCAGGAUUGUGGACGUAUUCUGCGGCAGGGAUGAGAAAGUCAGGGCUUGCACCGUACGCCUACCUGAUGGGACUUUGCGAAGAAGACCGGUGCAACUGCUGUAUCCGCUAGAACUGGCCAACGGUUAA